AUAACGUCCGUUAGGAUUUCACAAAAAAUAGUAAUCUCCAAAAUAUUUAGCUCCAAGCCCCCAACAAUGCACGUAUUAAUGUUUGUUUUUUUUUUUACAAAAGAUAAUCAUGUAUUGAUCCACAAACGAUAGUUACAUCCUGGAAUUCAGGCAUGUCUGAAAAUCAAAUGUACGACAUAUAGCCGGAUACAAAGACAGGGCAUUUCUAGCUACAGAAUGGGCUACCCUAUUGCUAUCGCGACCUACAAAUCGAAUACUAGAGCCUGAAUGAGUGUUGAAAUAAAGAACUACUUCUUCGAGCACUGCACCCAUCCGAGUGUCCCUGACGUCCGCACUGUUGAUUUUAUCAAUGAUAACGUUAGCGUCGCCCUCAAAAGUGAUAUCCGCAAACCCAAGGUUCCUACACCACAGGAUAGCCUCUCGGAGCACCAGCAGUUCCACUACCAUAGGGUCAUCCAGCACAGGGAACUGCAUCCCCUUUGCCAGAAUGACCUCUCUAGCUGCAUUGAGAAUAACCACUCCACCUGCCGAAUGAGACCCAUUCCUGGUAGCACCAUCCCACCUACACACCAGGCUAGCAGCUCCCGUCAAUCCAGGCUGGUUCAAGGCCCGAACCCGGGCCGAAGGACUACUACUGGGAGGCAAACUUACCCACUCAUCAUACUGUUGAUUAAACUGCCUCAUCAAAGCAGGGAAACUGAACUGUUUACCCUCAAAGACAACCCAAUUGCGAGACCGCCAGAUCCUCCAGAGGACUGCUACUACUGCCAUGAACAGCCUAGGCUGAUUAAUCAAAGCCAACAACCUCUUCAGAAAAAAGGGAAAAGUCUCCCAAGGCAAUCCCUCCCCUAGAUACUCCAAUCCCGAAUAAUCCCACAGAGCACGUGCCACCGGGCAAUAAAGGAACAAAUGUUCUAAAGUUUCAGAAGCGCCCCAACAAACUGGGCAACGGGGAUGAACUGGGACCUUCCUUUCGAUUAGUGCCUAUGUAGUAGGAAGGGCCCGAUUGAGGAUUUGCCAAACGAAAUGCACGUAUUAAUGUUUAAUUGAUAUGACAUGACAAAACGUAUUGAAACUCUAGUAGCCAUUUCCCGGCUUUUCAAUUCAUUAUCACCAUCAUAAAAAAGUAUGAAGUUUUGCUUCUUAAUUCAAUAUUAUUAUCUUAUUUCCAUGAUAUGCACAAAUAAUGAAGGUGACAAUAAAUAGCACAAAUGCAA